AUGCAACGUUCGAAAGAGCUCGAGUCACGGUGCAGACUUUUGGCCGAACGUGUGACGGAUAGUGUCCGGAUUCUCGACCACGAUCCAAGCCUCGCGCUGUACAGGUUGCAAGAACACGUUGGUCGAACUCUGUCCACGGUUGUGCAACGGAAGAUCGCCUUGCAAGAGGUGUCUCAAGUGCUUUCCGGAGUUCAAUUCGAUCUCGACAACGCGCUUGCUACGGUGGAGAAUAUGAAACGAGCUGGUCCAUGUUUUGAGCGAUCUCACGAACUGCUCCGGAGUUGCAUGUAUUUCAAGCAACACAUUGAUUACGAGAAAAGUCGAAGCACUCCGAAUGAUCCCUCGAAAACGGCGAAAGGUCGAAGCAAAUCUUUUCACGGGCAAAUCGAAAAAGAA